UCAGCCUGGUGUGCCUUCAGAGGAAAUACUGCCCAAGGGCUACUCUCAGACAACACCAAGCCCAGCAUCUGCCAACAACAUUCACAAUUAUGCCUGGCACCACAACAGGGAAGAAGCUGGAUCUUUCCAAGCUGACAGAUGAGGAGGCUAAACAUGUGUGGGAAGUUGUCCAGAGAGAUUUUGACCUGAGGAAGAAGGAGGAGGAUCGACUUGGGGAGCUGAAGACCAAGAUUGAGAAGGAAGACACCAAGAGAGAGCUGUUGGGGAACCAGACCAGCGUGACUGAGUCUCUCUGUAUUCGCUGUCUCCAACCAUUCAAGUUCCUGGUCAACAGCAAGCGUCAGUGUCUGGACUGCCAGCUGUACAUCUGCAAGUCUUGCAGCCGCUACAACAAGAAGGAGCAUGGCUGGGUGUGUGAUCCCUGUCGCAUGGCCAGGGUCCUCAAGAUCGGCACGUUGGAGUGGUACCACGAAAACGUCCGUGCCCGCUUCAAGCGUUUUGGCAGCGCCAAGGUGAUGCGAUCGCUCUUCAAGAGGUUGAGCGGGGAACACAGCUGCACUCAGAGUGACCUUGGAGAGCCACAUGAAUACGACACACAGAGCAUGCCUGAUGUCCACGUCCACACAGAUGGAUAUGAGGAGCACAGUAUGGAUGCAACAGAUUCACAACAAGGGAUAAAAAAAGCCAAAAGGCGGCUAACUGUCGAUCCCUUUGAUUUCGGACUGGGCUGUGACUACUCCGUCGAUUCCAGAAGACAGUCAAAUCAGGCUCCAGGCUCCAAUGACAGCAUGGUCAUGGAUGUAGCUGUGAGGGAGUCGAUGCUAGCUGAAGCAGACAUGGCCUCUGUUUUCCACCAGAUUUUGGAGGAGCAACGCAAAGAUGACCUUGUGUACUCAGACAGCCGAACUGUCCCGUCUCGCUCCGUCUCCCAGCUCAGCUACUCCUCAUGUGGCAGUGGUAGUGCAGGGGGACCCCGGGGCAGCAGCAGCUACCUGCCUGGCCCUGAUGACUCAGAGGAGGAGCACGACCACUUCCAGCCCUACCCUCUCUACCAGUCUCACCCAGGCCUUUGCAGCCACAUGUCUCAGGAGAGCCUGAACUCAGCGAACCCCCCACCACAGAUCACUGACCUGAACAGACGCAUGUCAGCCAUCGAGACCUUCCUGAACCGCUUAGAACAUAAGGUCACCUCAACAUAUGAUCAGGCAUCUCCAAACAGCAGCUCUCCUCUUCCUCAGUGGGAGGAAGUGGACCUAGAGGAGCAGCAGCUCAGGCAGAAGCUGCAUGAAAUGACGGACAACAUUAGUGACCACAGCCUCACCUCUGAUGAUGAGGACGAGCCCAGCAGGCCACAUUCCUCGCAGGAGAUCCCAGCGUGGAGGAGCCCAGAGGGGGACACCAAGCCUUCCAGACUACCGACCAGACCUACAUCCAGAACGAGCAUCGUGGUCUCCAGACUGGAGGAGGAGCAGCUUCACCAGACCGACUCUCAGAAGAUGAACGACACAACAGAAAGUGUGGAGUGGAAGUGGCACCCCCUGGAAGAGGGAUCAAAGGCGAGUUUCAGAGGCUCAACAGCUUUACUUGUGGAGUUAGAGGACCAGGUAGCUCAAGCAGCGGCCAACGUCCAGAACGCCCAGAGUGAGGUCUCCUACAUAGAGAACAGGAUUGCUGCUCUCAAUGCUGCCGGCAUGCCUGUGGAUAAAAGGAGAAAGUCUGCAAUCCCGAUCCAAGCAAGAAGACUUUCCCAGAACUUUCCCACAAACCAGGUGGACAGGUUUGCGAGGAACUCCCUCUACAGGGGCUCCCUGACGCAGAGGAACCCAGUGGCCGCGCCCAAGACCAGGGCAACCUGUGCGAAACCAGUAAUGACACAGGGCUCAUGAAGAGGAGGCUGACCAUCAUGUGACCGAGCAGUUUUUCUUGUCACCACAUUUUGUUUAUUACAUUUUGUAAUAAACUAAAAAUCAGUAGUAUGACUUUAAGUCUAGUUAAAAGGUUUAUUAUUUACAUUUUAGAGACUGUCAGCUGGAGGGGGACUGUUUCAAGUUUUAUUUAAAAAUGUGUCCCUUUCACAUUGUUACGUUAUUUUACCAUAUUUAUAGGAUAUGAUAGUUACACAUGAUAUGCAAUAACAGUGCUAGGAGUGCAUCUUAUAGGGUGUACAUAUGAUUUCUAGAUUAAUUUAAACUUAUGUAAGUUGUUGCAUACACCUUGUGUGCAAAACAUUUACAUUUUCCAUAGUAAUCUGAUAUCCUUAUCUAUUUAUUCCAGUGUUCACACAGUGCAAAUGGAAACAUGAAAUGAAAACAUUUCCAGAUUUAAGCAACAUGUUAAAUCUGGCAUGCAGUUUUUCGUAGUUUGCCAGUCCAAAAACAGUACAAUGAUAAACUACCAAUCAGUUUUAAAUACUUUUACAUUUCAUAUUAUUUGAUGCUUUGUUAUAUUUAGUUUAUGGAAACCCUGAAAGGCAAGUAGCUUUUUUUCAUCUGAAAUUGUUUUGCUCUGAGAGGAAAGUGAAAUUUUUUAUUUAUUACUAUUUUUAUUUUAUUUUAUUAUUGUUGUUUUGUUUUUAUGUCAGGAUUUUUUUUAAGGGGUUUAAGUGUUUUUUGUUUGUUUGUUUUGUGUAAUACUCAUUCUGGCCACAAGAGGCUGACGUGCACCACUAAGUCUAGAUAGGACUGAAAGCUUUCAUGUUUCCAUCAAGGUGGUUUUUAAUUUCUCCAAGCACUUUCUAAACACAAGGUACAUACAAUGUAUGUAAAAAAUUGUACUUGCCUUUCAGAUCUUCCGUUUAAGUUUAUAUGUUUUUCAAAUAUUUAUUUUUUAAAAACCCUUAUAUAAUUGGACAUAACAACAGGAAUUAUAUAAUAGUAUGAGCAGGAAGUUUAACUGUGCAUUAAGGUAUAUCAGCUGUAAUGUAU